UUGAACACACUUUCUCAUUCAUCAAUCUCAGCUACGACAUAAUGCAUUUAACCGUGGUGAUUGCAACGUUCUGCCUAUUGAUUUGCAAAAUUGAAGCUUACAGUGUCUCGCUCAAAUAUGAUGAUGAGUAUGAAUAUGAAGAGGAAAAUAUAGUUCCCAGUUUGACACAUUCGGAAGUUCCACCUCAAACUACGUCAACAAUAACAACUACUACUUCAACAACAACACCACCAAUUACUACGACUACGGAGGCUAAAACUGCUGUAACAACUAAAACUACAACAUUGAAACCAAUCCCAUCAAAAGAGAAAUCCUGGCUGGAAGAGAAAAUAAUGUUCAGCAGUUUUUCCUCUAUAAUAAGAGUUUCUCAUCAAAUUUUUAUGAUGAUCGCUCUUUUCUGAGUGCAAGUCCAUUCAAUGUUUAACAAAAUUUCCAAUAAAGAUUUGACAAUUUCAAAACCAAUAUGUGAAUGAAAAAAUCGUAAAACUUCCGAAAAAUGUCGUGUGGCAAUAUA